UUCACUAAAUACAUGAUGGCAAGAAAUAAGUAAACAUGAAGUAGGUAACAUAUCGAAAUUAUUUUUUUCAAAUCCCCAAUUCUAACCUCAAAACUGAUUGGAAACGUACAUGGACUUCGAGAAUGGCUUCGUCAGUGAAACCUAAGACCAUCAUUAUAACAUCGACGCAGAAGAAACACUCGCUGCUGUCACUUCCUCAAACUGUCACAAUUUCGGUCCCGAUGACAGACACCAUGAUGGAGGAUCAACAACCUCGAAAACGAAGGCGGCUCACAAACCUCUCGCCAGAGGAAAAAAUGCUUCGGAGAAAAUUAAAAAACCGUGUUGCCGCACAAACUGCCAGAGACAGGAAAAAAGCUCAAAUGUCUGAUCUGGAAAUCAAACUGGCAGUGAUGGAGGCGGAGAACAAGAAACUACAACGAGAGAACAUGGCCCUGAGAACCCAGUCUGGCGUGCUGGCUCAAGAGAACACGGAACUGAAGAAACGUCUCAGUGGGGCGGUGUCUGGUCGGCCAGAGUCUGAAUCGCACAGGUCUGCAGCAUCUGCUGUUCCUCUGCUGAAGGAACAGAUUCAAGCUCUGUCUGGCUGGGACGCAAUUCACAGCCUUUGCCCUGACUCUCAGUCUGAUGUACUGUUUGGGCUGUUGCAGCAACUCGACAGUGAAACAGACGAGCUCGAGUCAAAAGAGGAAGCAAUCGCAACCAGUGAGACGGAUUCUUCAAACAAAAAACAACCUCAACCUCAGCCUCAAGUGGUGGGGCCCACAACAACAGAGUUGGAAUCCCUCAAUGAACUCAUAAAAUUUGACCACAUCUACUACAAGGCACCUUGUGUUACAAAGGAGACCUCUCUUGAAGCAUGUGAAACGCAGACUGGUGAAAAUCUGAAGGACAUUGAAGCUUGUAAUGCAAGUAGUUCACCACAACAAAAGAAAUCCAGUUUGCCAGGCCAGUGUGAUGAGCCAGAGAUUCCAGUGUUAGAGCUUGAGGAACUUCCCGAUAACUUCCAAUUGCUUGAGGACCUUCAGGACUUGUUUAAAGAGGAUCUGCUUUCUAAUACAAGUGUGCCAGACGUGCCAGGCACAGACUUUAUUCCACAGGAAAUACAGAGUCAAAACACAUGUGACUCAUCAAAAGGAAAGAAGAGGAAACUUUCAGUUUCUUCAGACAGUGCAUAUUCCUCUGACAUCGAACUUGUUGAUCUGACCAUGGAAGCUAGUUCCCCAUUUCAAUCCCAGGACCUCAGUGAUGUGAGUUCCCCCAUGAGUGACUUGUCAUCACCUCUUGGUGAUAAUCCAUGGGAAGAAGACUUCACAGACUUGUUUCCCGCUUUGAUAUAACUUGUAUCUACUCCACUGUGUUCAGGACAAAGCUCUUUUAAAACUGGUUUUGAGGAGCAGCUUAUAUUGGCAGUUAACAAAGUUUGUGUUCAUCAUAAACAUAUCGAUAUAUAUAUAUAUAUACAUACAGGUGUUAUAUAUAUUUUUGUGGUCAGAGGAAUUGUACAUAAUGUAAUUUAUUGCUGGUCACAUGAUGUAUUUUCUGUGAAAUAAAUGUCUAGGUAGUCUGA